UGAACUUCAUCGAAGCUUUGCAAUAUGAUUCAAGGGAAAUGGACCAAGGGCAUAUCCAGUUGUCGACUUUGAACAGAGAAGAUAAAUACUUUUCGUUUGAUAAAUUUCCCAAACGACUGGAAGAAAAUGCAAAGGGCAAUCUCUGGCCUGCCCCAAAUUCGCCUUACAUACCAUACAACCAGAAGAAGCGUUUGUGGUCAGCAUCAUCCCAUGACAGUUCUUGCUCCUCACGGAUUGAGAGCGAAUUUUCAAGCGAAGACAAUGAAUAUCAAUGCAGUAACACAUUAGCAAGCAUGAACAACGUAGUAAACACAGAUUUGAGCAAUCAGCAUUCGGAGAGCAAGCAAAGCCCCUGUGUAUAUGAUGAUAUUGCAAAUACACUUCGUCUCGGUUUUCAAACCACUUUUUUUCUGGCCAAGCGAGGAUUUUUUCUAAGCGCAGACAUCGGGGGAAAGAGACACAGUCAACUCGAGAAAGCAACAUGUAACGUUACAAUUCAAAACACAUCACCAUUCAACAUGGCGAUUUGUGAAGUCGUUGAAUUCGCGAAACAAAUACCUGGAUUUAUCAAUAUGUUGACGGAAGUCGAUCAAAUUCAUCUCUUAAAAAGUGGAGUACUCGAGGUCAUGCUCAUCGUUAUGUUAUCUGGUUACAAUCCGGUCAACCAAACAUUUCUAUUUCCAGAUGGAAAACGGAAUCGUUUAUCUGAAUUAGUUUCCAAUGAUAUGGGAGAAUUCGUCAAAUGUACAUUCGAUUUUGCUGAACAAUUUAGUUCUCUUGGUCUUAGCCCAGAAGAAGUCGCUAUAUUCACAGCAUUGGCACUGGUAUCCUGCGAUCGAUCUGGUAUUGUCGACAAUAAAUCUGUUCGUAAACUCCAAGAUAUACUGCUGCAUGUGCUGCAUCGAAGCAUGACCGCUUCGAGAGGAAUGUGGGAUAAUACUUACGCUAGAUUAUUGGUCAAAUUAGCGGGAUUACGAACACUAAGUUUCUUAUCUCAUCACCAACUCAGAGACUACUGUAACGCCGACACAAUUGGAUACAACUGACCAUGUAGCUGUUUCCAAAUAAACACAGCAAUCUUCCAUUGGUAUCCAACUCAAUAAUGCUAUCAAACGGGUUUCUACGGGAUAAACCAUUCAUCCCACUUAUAUGCUUUUGGAUAUGUAAUUCAAGGAUACCGCAGCAAGAGUAAAGAGUCUUUUGGUAUUUAAGUGAUACAACAGUCAUACUGGUUGAUUUGCAAUUCAAGGAUGAUGUAGCAGGAGUGAAGUCAACUAUCAAAAGUAAUUCUAUACUCUUGCUUGUGUAUCCGCAAUGUAAGGAUGAUCUAACAAGAGUGAAGACAGUUAUUUUAAGUGAUUCAAUAGUCCCAUUGGUGGAUUCAUAGUGCGAGGAUCUUGUGCCAAGAGUUGAGGCAACUAUUCGAAGUGAUUAUUCAAGAAUCUUGCCGAUGGAUCUAUUAUGCAAGUAUGAUCUGGCGAGAGCAAAAACAAUUAUUCCAAGUCAUUCAAAAGUUUUGCCGAAGGAUCCAUAAUGCAAUAAUACUGUAGGAAGCGUAACUGAGGACGGCAAUCAAGAAUCUUGUCGAUGAAUUGACAAACGAGAAUCCAAUGUAGCGACAGUGAAGAAUAUUACUUUACGUGAAUCCAGAAGUUUGCUAGAGUAUAC